CGCAACGCUCCUCUCGCCGGGCUGCGCUCGAUCAACCGAGCAUCCACCGCCGCCUCCAAAUUGGUUUGUCAUUUCUGACCCCUCUCUCUCUCUCUCUUUCUCUCCGUGUGUUGACCACGGUCCUCUGCUCCGCUGCGCCCUGCGUCUGUGGACUUCAGCAGAAGUCAGUAAGAACACAGGCAGUCGACAAAGAUAAAGAGAGAGAAAGGAGAGGGAGGGAGGAAAGGAUACAGACUGACGGAUAGUGGGAGAGCAAUACGCCUCUGUCCUCCUCCAGCACUUCAGUGGACUUAGUGCAUUUGGAAGGACGCGUUACAUCCUCCCGUGUGAGCGCUGAUCGGGAUACUAAGCACGCAGCUAUUGGCUUAUUACACCCUCUGCUUUAUCUCCAUCCCCAAUUUUCACCACGUCUUUUUUUUUUUUGCUGCAGCAAGAAAACCACAGCAGACGCGGAAUCGAGGCGCCAGUCAGUGAAAUCAUAAACCGAUUGGAAAGAUAUAUUUCUUAACAAGAUCUACGCCGAGGGGACUGUAUGAAAGAGCGCAGAAAGGGUUAUUCCCGACUCCUCUGUGCGCUGGAUGUGUAUACAUGCGCCUUCAUCGCUGCGACUGGUGAUACGUCUCGUCUCUAUCUCUGUCUCUAGGACUAAGACGUCCAGCAACCAUUGAGAUGUGAUUCUCUGGGGUUUGAUUUCACUCUGAAAAAGCAAAGCACACUAUAACAGGUCUGUAUGGUGUCAAGAGCACUGAGCUGUGACGGAAACAGCUCACCACAAGAGCGUCUGGGCUCAGCAGGAAGUACCGCCAUAUCUACUUCCAGGUCAACCUCAGACGUCAUGUGGAUCAGAUGCCUGCUCUUCGUCUCAACCUUAUUUGCUCCCAUUGCCAUCGCCCUAGGCCGUGCUCCCAUCCCUAUGGCGGUGGUGCGCAGGGAGCUGUCCUGUGAGUCCUACCCUAUCGAGCUGCGCUGCCCUGGGACAGAUGUCAUCAUGAUUGAGAGCGCCAACUAUGGCCGCACUGAUGACAAGAUCUGCGACUCAGACCCUGCCCAGAUGGAGAACACACGGUGCUACCUGCCCGAUGCAUACAAGAUCAUGUCACUCAGAUGCAACAACCGUACCCAGUGUGCUGUGGUGGCUGGGCCUGAUGUCUUCCCUGACCCCUGCCCGGGUACAUACAAAUACCUGGAAGUCCAGUACGAGUGUGUCCCAUACAAAGUCGAACAAAAAGUUUUUCUCUGUCCCGGCAUUCUGCAUGGAGUCUACCAAAGUGAGCAUCUCUUUGAGUCAGAUCACCAGUCCGGUGCUUGGUGCAAAGACCCACUGCAGGCCUCGGACAAGAUAUACUACAUGCCAUGGACGCCGUACCGCACAGACACACUGACAGAGUACUCGUCUAAGGAGGAUUUCAUAGCAGGGCGUCCUACCACCACGUACAAACUCCCACAUCGUGUGGAUGGGACUGGUUUUGUUGUGUAUGAUGGCGCACUUUUCUUCAACAAAGAGCGCACUCGCAACAUUGUAAAGUUUGACCUGCGCACUCGCAUCAAGAGCGGCGAGGCCAUUAUUGCCAACGCCAACUACCACGAUACCUCGCCGUACCGCUGGGGGGGCAAGUCUGACAUUGAUCUUGCAGUGGAUGAGAAUGGACUGUGGGUAAUCUAUGCAACAGAGCAGAACAAUGGGCGCAUCGUUGUGAGCCAGCUCAACCCCUACACCCUGCGUAUCGAAGGCUCGUGGGACACAAGCUACGACAAACGCUCAGCUUCCAAUGCUUUCAUGAUCUGUGGAGUCCUUUAUGUGGUGAAAACCGUCUAUGAAGAUGACGACAAUGAAGGGACAGGAAACAAAAUUGACUACAUGUACAAUACUGAUAAGAGCAAGGAGAUGACAGUCAACAUACCGUUCCCUAAUUCCUACCAGUACAUCGCUGCAGUGGAUUACAACCCCAGAGACAACCUGCUGUACGUGUGGAAUAACUACCACGUGGUCAAGUACUCCCUGGACUUUGGCAACAAUGACUAUCGCCCACCUCCCAUGAUGCCUCCAAACAGAGGAGGGGGUUCAAUUGGUGGUGGUGGUUCCUCCUCUUCAUCUACCAGCCGCACCACCACCACUCGUUCUCCUCCCUACUACACCACCCCGCGGCCUCUUCUCACCACCUCCCCCGGCCAGCGUUAUCGAACCACCACCACGGUUCGCCAGCCCAUCCUGGUUCCUGCCGGGGGCUCGUCAUCUGACACCAACCAGAUCCCUGAUACCAAUCAGAAAGCUGGAGGACGCUCUCCUCCGGUUCUGGUUCCACCAGCUGCCCCACAGCCUCCCGUUCUGCCUCCUCAAGACUUCUGCAGUCCGAGGGUGACUGCAGACAUAUCAUGGCCCCGGACACAACAAGGCCAGACAGCCAAGCAGCCGUGCCCUGUAGGAACUCUGGGCGUGGCCACAUACGUGUGUGUAGCCCACGUGGGGUACUGGGAUCCCCAAGGCCCCGACCUCAGCAAUUGCACGUCACCCUGGGUCAACCACAUCAUGCAGAAACUCCGUUCCGGAGAGACCGCAGCGAUCGUGGCUCGAGAGCUGGCAGAGCAGACCAAAGGGCUUCUGCGUCCUGGUGAUGUGCCAUCCACAGUGCGUGCUAUGGCCCAGCUAGUUGAACUUCUGGAUGUACAGCUGAGGAACCUCACCCCUGGGGGCAAGGAUAGCGCUGCCCGCAGCCUGACUAAGCUUCAGAAGAGAGAGAGAUCCUGCAGGUUUUUCACACAGGCUAUGGUGGAGACUGUGAAUAAUUUGCUGCAGCCACGAGCCCAGGCAGCUUGGAGAGAGCUGCCCACCAGCGAGCAGCAGCACUCGGCCACUCUGCUCCUCGACACCGUGGAAACAGGCGCUUUUAUGUUAGCUGACAACCUCCUCAAGACUGACACUGUGCAGGAGACCACUGACAACAUCCAGCUGGAAGUGGCCAGGCUGAGCACGGAUGGGAACCUAGCCGACCUGACAUUCCCUCAGUCAGAACUACACGGAAACUCCAUCCAGCUGUCAGCCAGCACUCUCAAACAGCACGGCAGAAACGGUGAGAUCAGGAUGGCCUUUGUCCUGUAUAGGAACUUGGGUUCCUACCUGUCCACAGAGAAUGCAAGCGUCAGACUGAGCAGCGAGGCAGUCUACCCUAAUUACUCUGUGAUCGUCAAUUCCCCGGUCAUCACAGCAUCCAUUAACAAAGAGAGCAAUAAGGUCUACCUGUCUGAACCUGUGGUCUUCACUGUCAAACACCUGCAGCAUUCGGAAGAGAACUUCAAUCCCAACUGUUCUUUCUGGAGCUACUCCAAGCGCACCAUGACGGGAUUCUGGUCGACACAGGACUGUCGUCUCCUGGCUACAAAUCGCACUCACACCAGCUGCUCCUGCACACACCUUACCAGCUUCGCAGUGCUCAUGGCCCACGUGGAGGUCAAGAAAGCAGACAGCAUGCAUGACCUGCUCCUGGAUGUAAUCACAUGGGUGGGGAUCCUGCUGUCGCUGGUCUGCCUCCUUAUCUGCAUUUUCACCUUCUGCUUCUUCCGCGGACUGCAAAGUGACCGCAACACCAUCCACAAGAACCUCUGUAUCAGCCUCUUCAUCGCUGAGUCACUGUUCCUGGUUGGGAUCAACAGGGCCGAUCAGCCGAUUGCCUGUGCGGUAUUUGCGGCCUUGCUCCAUUUCUUCUUCUUGGCAGCGUUCACCUGGAUGUUCCUGGAAGGCGUGCAGCUCUACAUCAUGCUGGUGGAGGUGUUUGAGAGCGAACACUCCAGGACUAAGUACUUCUACCUGGCGGGAUACGGAGUGCCGGCUGUCAUUGUGGCCGUCUCCGCCGCAGUGGACUACAGGAGCUAUGGCACCGACCGAGUGUGCUGGCUGCGAUUGGACACCUACUUUAUCUGGAGCUUUAUAGGCCCGGCUACACUCAUCAUUAUGCUGAAUGUUAUCUUCCUCGGUAUCGCUCUUUAUAAGAUGUUCCAUCACACAGCCAUCCUCAAACCAGACUCUGGAUGUCUGGACAACAUCAAGUCUUGGGUGAUCGGUGCCAUAGCCCUGCUGUGUCUGCUCGGCCUGACCUGGGCGUUUGGGCUGAUGUACAUCAAUGAGAGCACCGUCAUCAUGGCCUACCUCUUCACCAUCUUCAACUCUCUGCAGGGCAUGUUCAUUUUCAUCUUUCACUGCAUCCUGCAGAAGAAGGUGCGUAAAGAGUACGGCAAAUGUCUGCGUACUCACUGCUGCAGUGGCAAGAGUGUAGAGACGUCCAUCUCCUCCUCCAGCAAGACAACCACCUCCCGGACCCCGGGCCGCUACUCCACAGGCUCACAGGUGAGCUUACCUGCCUGCACACCCGGACGCUACAGCACAGCAGAUUCUCAGAGUCGUAUCAGGCGGAUGUGGAACGACACUGUGAGGAAACAGGAGUCUUCCUUCAUCACUGGAGACAUCAACAGCUCCGCCACGCUCAACAGAGGAGCCAUGGCUAAUCAUCUUAUAACUAAUGCUCUCCUUCGUCCCCAUGGUACUAACAAUCCUUAUAACACUCUCCUGGGGGAUUCGGCAGUCUAUAACAACCCAGCCGUGGGCAUGUACAACACUCAAGCACCUUACCGAGACACAAAGGGCAUCCUGAACAACGCAAGAGACUCCAGUGUUAUGGACACUCUCCCUCUUAAUGGUAACCAUGCCAACAACUACAGCAUGGCCAGCAGCGAGUACUUGAGCGACUGCGUCCAGAUCCUGGACCGCAGUGGUGGCUAUGGCACCCACAGCAACCACAAAGAGACGACGCUAGAGAAGAAGAUCCUUAAGGAGCUGACCUCCAAUUACAUCCCAUCCUAUCUCAACAACCACGAGAGAGCCACAACGGAGCGCAAUCACAACCUGAUGAACAAGCUGGUCAACAGCAGCAUGGCCAACGGAGGGAGCAUGGCAGGAGGCAGCAGCAGCAGCAGCAGCAGUGGAGUGAGUGGAUGCGUGGGUAGUGGCAAAGAGGACAACGGCCCCAUGGUGCUGGACAACCCUGCAGCCUUCCCACACGAGGAGAACCUUGGUUUGGAGAUCAUCAGAGAGGAGUCCAACGCCCCUCUCCUGCCCCCACGGCCACCUCCACCAGACAGCCACCCCCCACCUCCACCUCCACCCCACAACUUCGCCCGGCCAAGGCGCAUUCCACAGGAGACUAGUGAGAGCUUCUUCCCCCUUUUGACCAACGAGCACACUGAGGAGCACACGCAUUCGCCCAACCAUAGAGACUCGCUGUACACCAGCAUGCCCGUGCUGACAGACCUCCCAGACGGGCAGAUGAAUGGUUUAACAGAUGGAGAGGAAGACAGCUCAGGAGAGCUGCAGCCAUGUAAGAGCGCCACUGCUCCUGAGCUGGAUGACGUUUACUAUAAGAGCAUGCCAAACCUGGGCUCCAGAAAUCACCUUCAUGAGCUACAGAGCUACUACCACAUGGGCCGAGGCGGCAGUGAUGGAUACAUGGUGUCCGGAAGCAAGGACGAGUCGGAUUCAUCGCCUGAGGAACCGCCAAUAGACCCUUCCCACCUGGUUACUAGUCUAUAGAGGCAAUCAAGAGACUUCUAUCCCUCCCCCGCCCUCCUCUCACACUUCCACCUCUCUAAUGAAAACAUUCUGUACGCUGGUGACUGACAGACUGAGCUGGCCCGACUCUGGAUUGAUGUAUUGUUUUUGACAUUAACUAUGGUUCAUGACAAUAUGGUUGAGAAAUCGCUGGUCACAUGGGAGCAGGAAGUGAAUGUAUUGUCAUUAUUGGUGCAGACUGAAAGGGCAGUUCUGAGAGAAAUGAAACCUUAAGUCUGGAAAUGAGAGGAGAGGAGAGGGAUUCUGUAAUUUUACCCCACCUGUUACUUUAAUUUGGAUUCUUGGAUUGACAGAAGCCCUUCAAAUUCCUCAAUAUGGACCUCUAGCAGAUCAUAGCAUAUAGCCUCCACUACCACCACUACAGGAGCUCUAUCCCUGGUGAAGGAGCUGCCAGUUUGUCCAUCCGUCCGUCUCUCUCUGGUGUUCACUACAUAAACUGACCCUCAAGAGGCCCUACCCCCACUACCUGCCAAUCAAGUGGAGGAUGUAUGAUGUAUAUGCCCUCACAAUGGAUCGUCCAAAAAACUUGUUAUUGGGCAACCGAACUGUAACCAUAUCACACUGAUGUUCUGAAACCUCUUCCUGUUCGUAUCUGCUAAACUGGAGUUGUGUCUGGGCUGGUGUAACAUUCCUGCGAGUUUUAGUAACUGCAGCUACUGUGUAUUUCACUGAAAAACAAAGAAGGAAGAUCAUAUUACAACAGACUGACUUAAAAAACAAUGAGUUCUGUUUCUUCUCCUUUCUUCUGUCAAUGUUUUUGGGUUAUCAAAGGAUUCUGAAGAAAUCACAAACUGUUUCUAUGUAUUGUACAGAAUACAGAUACAGAUACAAAUGUUGCAUAUGACCAAGUCUUUACUUUUUUAAAUUUUGAGUUACAAACCUUUUGUCUGUGGAACUGUUCUGAAAUGUCAUGAUAUGUUCUGGUCACGUGUAGACUUCAGAACGAGCAAAGAACAAUCUUUCAUGUCACUCUUUCUUACAUACAGAGACAGUAAAGCACUCCUUCAUUAAUACGCAUUUACCCUUCACACACCUCAUCCUGGUCCUUUUAUAGCAAUGUCACUGGCACUUACAUUUUGCAAAUCAAUUGUUACUGUAUACUUUACCACUGUGUAGAUUUCAAAAUAAAAGGAAAAUUAGGUGGCAAAGUUUUCAAAGUGACAGUUACAAAGGAAAUGUUUUAGUCUUUGCUGGAAGUGGAUCUCAUCUCAUGUGUUCUUGAUACAACAUUUUCUUCUUUUAUG